CUUCCUCGCCGUCAGUUACCUAUUUGUUUAAUUAAAAAGGAAGAUUACUUCGUCAAAAUUAAAACCCUUCUAUGUAUGCCGAGUUCACCCUGAAGUAUCUACGCGGUAACCGAGUGGGACUGGUUACUGGAUCCAAAUAAAAAAUGGCGGCGAAGGAGGACGAGAAUUCUGUGUCAUACAGCUUGGAUCAUUUUACCGAACUCAAAGAAGUAACAUCAUUGAUCGAAUCAAUAGGAACCAUAUGUCAUGAUAAUAUUUUACUCGAGGCUGCAGAGGAGCGGUUAAUUCGUAAGUGUAGCAUGUUUUCUAAUCUCCUAGUUUUGUUUCAUUUACUUGUUUGUGAGUAUGUUAUUAAUUUAGAGCUCAGGCUUCCAUCCAAAAUUUCCUUUUAUCAUACCCACUACCGUGUAUAAAAAUGGUUAAUUUGCAGUUAUAUUGAAUAAGUAUCAGGAACAGCCACAUUUAUUGGAUCCGCAUUUAGGUAAGUAGUGUAAAGAAUUUUCAUAGUUAUCGAUUUGUAUGUACUGUGUUUUACAAUAUUGUAGAAUGUUUACAUAUUUUCUUAAAUUGCGAUUUUUUAUCCUUAAGAAAUAAGGACGAGAUCUUUACUCAAGCUUUGCUUGGACUACUUUCUCAAAUAGGAAACCCAUCUUAUAGUAGAGUGGUAAACUUUACCUGUAUAAACAAUGUGUGAAUGAACAGAUUACAUUAAGCUACUUAUCAGUAGGUACUGCAGAGUAUAGUUUUAAGCUGUCGGCAGAAGUUACCAAAUAAUACUGAAAAUAAUAAUAAAAAAAACUCUCAGUAUUCAUUUUUCUUUCUCUGUUGAAAUUUAUUAAAUAUAGAACUGGGCAAUUCACAUUUGUGGUUUAUUUUCUCACUUUCAGAGAGCCUUGUACAGAAAUUGCAACAUAUAGUCUGUGAUGCAUCAAACCCAGCUAAAGUGAUUCAGCAGGGAUUUAAAUAUUUAUAUUUAAUCACCAAGGUCUGUUUCCAAUUGAUCAUGCAUUUAGAUACCAUUUUGACACAAUGAAUUGUUUGCCUUCCCAUGCUGUUGGAGCUGUAUAUAAUUAGAAGUGAAAUAUCAUGUACAUGUAUAACACACACAACCCACAAUUCUUCUAUUCGCUGUGAUGAAUGGGUAAAGCCAAAAUGUUAGUGAAAGGAACUCUUUACAAUGAACAACUCAGCUGAUGAAACCCUGUCCCCUCACCCUCCCCCCUCUUCAGAAACUUACCCCCUUUAUUCAUCACUUAUAUACAGUUAUGCAUGAUAACAACUGGCAAAGUUGACUAGAGAAAUUGGGUUGCCAUAUAAAACAAUUAGUAUUGGACUUUAAAUAAGUACUUUCCUAGGGCACAAAGAAUGUGGUUGUAAUAUCAAUUAAUACUUUAAGUGUUUGGUAAUCUGAUAGAUUUAAUCCCCUAUAAUUGUAAUCAAACCUUCAGACUGAUUCUUUAGUCACAGAGGGAGAUCAAGGAGCUAGCAACCCUUGUUGCUUAUAAGUAUGUUGUCAUACUUUAAAACAAAUUUUAAGUAUAGGUAAUAACUUGAUUUCAAGUGCAAUUUGUUGUUAAUUAGCACAAAUGAAUAUUCAAAGACAACAAAAUUACACAAGCCUAUAGGACAAGUGCAAUUUAUAAUCUUUGAAAAAUUUACAUUAAUUGUCUUAAAAGCAUCACAGAAAGUCAAGACAGAUGAAAUUUUGAUAGCAAAAUUGUGCACACUAUUUGUAAUUUGAUCUUGUGUUACAACUUUGCACUCAUGUUACAACUUUGCACUUGUGUUUCAUGAAAAAUGCACAGGUUUUCAUCCAAUCAGAUGCACAUAAUUUUUUCAUGUAUAUUAUUAAAUGGAAUAAACCAGUUGAAUUUGUUUUUGCACUGUAUUAAGGGCUGAAGCCUAUAAUCAUUUUGAAUGGAUCUUACUUAUGAUUUAUUGGAGGACAAACACAUAGGUGACAUCAUCAUUAACAACAUGUACUUUCCUGUUUAUUUUUCUCACUCAAACUUGAUCAGGUCAGGGGACCAAAAUUUGUGGUACGGCUGUUUUCUCAUGAAGUUACUGAUGUGGAACCAGUUCUUGGAAUGCUGUCUCAGCAAAAUCCUCAAGAUCAUGAGGUGUGUCAUCUUUAUAGUUUUUAUUUCUAGUUAAUGAUAUUACUACCUUAUCUGUAAUUACUAAUGUGACACAUAUAAUUUAGGGAAUAUGAUAAUGUUUGAAAAGAAUUCAGGUCAAAAUGAUUUCAAUUACAAUUUGAUUUGCAUUUUUAUAUGUUCCUGCAAAUUAUCUUUUCUUAAGCAAAGAAAAUGCAAAUCAAGCUAGUUCUAAAUGUCUUUAGCCCUAAAUCCAAUUUAACUUACAACAUACUCAUUAAUGUACUGUACAUUUUCAUCAACAUAAGUAGCAGUAGCAAACCUUUAUUUAACUAGGGUAAUCCCUUCAGAAUACUUAAAAGUAUAUCUGUUAUCAAUAGGAGCCCUAUGACCCACUGUGACUUGCAAUUGUAGGAAAAUGUUAUUAAAUCGCAGCUUUCUAAAAUCUCUCAUUUUCAUCUUUUUCUUUUUUGUCAACCAUGAUGUAUUAUCCUUAGGUCAAAAUAAUUUUGAUAUUUUUUAUUAACCUCAGACCUGGGAGACGCGAUAUGUUCUUCUCCUGUGGUUGUCUAUUGUUUGCAUGAUACCCUUUGACAUGGCUCGCUUUGAUGGACAGAGAGAUGCCGAUAGUGGAACACAGGAGAGACGCAGGCCUGUGGUGGAGAGAAUUCUUGAAACUGCAAAGGUAGGUGGGACAGACCUAAAAGCUGUUAGUGUUGUGUCGAAGGUCACAUUUUUAUUCACAGUGUCUAAUAGUGGCUAACUAUAAAAUGUUCUAUUAAUUUGUCUUGUUGCAGAUGUAUCUUUCAGUUCCAGACAAGUCGAGAGAUGCUGCUGCAUUAGUUAUCUCAAAGUAUGUUUGGUAGAUCUUUGUAACAAGUUAAUCUGUAUUGUCAGUUUAUAAUAUAUUUUAUACACUUCCUGUAUCCUCACUUGUCUAUAGGUUUGUUACAAGACCGGAUGUGAAGAAAGAAAAGCUGGCAGAAUUUCUGGACUGGUGUUUGAUAAGGAUGGAGAGAGCAAAUGGUUUGUACCUAGAUGCAAAGUUAUAACAAUCAUGCACAAUUUAAACCACUUAUUGCAAAGCUUAUUGGGCCUCUUCAUCCAAUGCUCGCAAAUCCCAGCCUUUCCAUGAAAAAUCAGAAGCAAGCACACUCUGGAAGGGCUGUCAGACAUUCAAAUCGAAAUAUGACCUCUUAAUUGCCAUGUUGUUCCUCCUCUGGACUCUUUCCAGAUUAGAUCAUUUUUUUAAAAAGACUCUUGUUUGUGUUUCUAUCUUACCAGGAGAGACAAUGGAUGGAAUGCUGCUGUUGACAGGGAUCUUGACAACAUUGGUCAGUUAAAAAUUUCAUAGUCUAUAGAGUGUUCAUUAGACAGUUGAACUCAGAGAAUUCUGUGGCUUCUAUGCAGAAUUCUUUACCUAAAUUUUGUUGGUCACCACCACUUUUUAUUUAGACAUGUAGUAUAAAUUCCUGUUACUUUACGCUUUUUCCUUCUACUAUGUUUUUCAAUGAAAACCUUGAGUAUGUCUUGAAGAAGCUCGCAAUUAAAAUCCUAUUCACCCAAGGUUUGGUGUUUUCAUAUAAUUCAAUAUCUGGCAAUAUUACAUAAAUUAAUUCAAAUUUGAGAACCAAUAAAUAUGUUUGAGGUCUGAAGAUCAAUAAUUAAGGUCAAACCUUACCUGAGGAAAAUCUGCAGGAGUUAAGACCCAUGCAUACCUUCCCAGCAUUUCAUGUUGCCUUUCCACAUCUUCCACUGACUCCUUGGUUGACUGAUUGAUUAAUUGUUACCAUAACACCAUAUGACACCAUCUUAUUUUGGCUCUGUCAUUUACUCCCCGACUUUUCAAGGCUCUGCUUUUCAAGCAUGGAAAGAGAGAUGACUUAAUACCAUAUGGUGAGUAAACUUCUCUUUAGUGUGACAGUGUACAAUAUGCAAGGCUUACAAUAACUUUUUUCAUAAGCAGCAGUCAAUGAUUUUAUAGGCAGCUGUACCUUAAGGAGACACCCAAACAGGAAAGCUUGCUUCCAGGCUAAACAGACAGUAGUAAGAGUUCAUAUAGGGGGCAGCAGAUUGUUUGUAUCUCUGAAUAUGAUUUGUAUGUCAACAUUCAACUUUGCAAAACUUUGACAAAUUGAAUCAAGGUUUUUAAGAUUAUUGAACAGAGUUAUACAAUACAGUCUAGUUUACUCAUUAUUUUUUAUAUCUGUCAAUAUUGAUGCUAAUCUGCAAUAAUUUUUUUAUAAAUUCUUAGCUCCUAUAGUCUUGAAGCAAAUAGGGGUGCGUGAGAUUUCAAAGAUUAAUAACACGCUGCUUAGGAAACUGAAUAUUAAACUUACACAGGUAACUAUACAUGCAUUGAUACAUUUGAAAGUGUGUUUGAAACACAAUAAUCUACAUGAAAAAAUUAUAUGCAUCUGAUGAGCUGAAAACAAGUGCAUUUUUCAUGCAAUGUGUAUGCAAAGUUGUGCCACAAGUGAAAAUUACAAAUAGCAAGCCCACUCCUAAAAUUUCUUCUGUCUUGAAUUUCUUUGAUGCAUUUUUCAUGUUAAUUAUUAUCUAGUAAAGCAUUAUUUUUUACACAAUUUGGUGUAAAUAAGCACUUAUAAAUUUUUCAAAGCCUACAAAUUGCACCUGCCUCUUCAGGCAUGUGCAAUUUUGCUAUCUUUGAUUUAAUUUAAAUUUUAAAAAAUUUAGUUGUGCUUUUUAACACCAAAUUGCACUCAAAAUCAUUUUGUUACCUAUACCUAAUAAAUGAGUAUAUAGUGACCACUCAGGACUGAGGGUGUGAUAGGUUUGUACCAGUUCUGUACAUUUCAUAAUGAAUGCUUUUUUCCAUACAUUUCUUGUAGCGUCUUGGUUUGACAUUUCUGAAGCCAAGAAUAGCAGCCUGGAGGUUAGAUCUACUUAGUCAAAUUGAUUUCAUCUUGGAAACUAUUAUUUUUUAUCAAUUUAUUAUGCUGACUUAUGAUGAUAGUCAGUGAGAAAAGUAUAUUUCCACUUGGUAUAUUUUAAUUGUGACAAAGCAGGGGCUGUGAGGCAUCUAUAUGUUUGCUGCAUUCACUAAGCUGUUGUUUUUUUAUGUGUUUACUGGUAGAUAUCAGAGAGGGAGUCGAUCUUUGGCUUACAACCUUGCCAAUCCAUUCUCUCAAGAACAGGUAGUUUAUGAAGUGACAUCCAGUCUCAAAUUGGCUGCUUCAAGACCUUCUUCCAAACUUACAUGUAUUUGUUGUUGGUUGAGAUUUGUUGUUUGUGGAAGUUUUCCAAUUUAUCAAACCUGUAGUUUGAAAGGUUUAGAACAGUCUUUACAUCAAAGUUCACCUCUCUUAUAAAUUUAAUUGUUAUUUCAGAAUGAAAAUAGUCACCACACAGCAGGACUAAACACAGCUGAGGUGAGGAUUUUUUUUUAUCUUGUAACUGUGCAGGCCACGUUUCGCAUGUUUGUCUGUUUGUUUUGUUUGACUCAACUAUUGAUGGACUUUUUAAUAACAGGUUAUUAUAGUGUCAAUGCUGUUAUUUUAUCUCUUUAAGUUGAUUUGGUUUUGAACCAAUUUUUAUUGUAUUACAGGAAGAAGAUUAUGAUGUUCCUGAAGAACUAGAAGAUAUCAUUGGUUGGUUUACGAUCUCCUUUUCACUACAAAAUACUUAAAACUUUUUGCUGAAUUCAACAACGUUGAAAGACUUUUGCAUCUUGCUAAUCAGUGAAAAUUGUAAUUGAUAUGUUUAAUAGAAUUUGAUGACAGUAAAUAUUUAUGAAUGUAAUAAUUUGCAGAGAAACUUUUGACUGGUCUCAGAGAUAAGGAUACCGUAGUGCGAUGGUCAGCGGCUAAAGGGUGGGUUGGAAGAUUUUCAAUAUGGAGUUUUUCAAAUCCUGAGUAAACCUUUGACGGCACGAAAGUGUAGUACAUGUGACUGAACUAUGAAAUGUUUCUUAUUAAAUAAGGAUUGGAAGGAUAACUGGGAGACUUCCUCAAGAAUUAGCCGACCAGAUUGUGGAAAACGUCUUAGAAUUAUUCAGGUAUGAAAUGUUAUCAAUGUAUCUACAAUCAUCUCCACGUUAAUUAUGUGGCUACAGUAGUUGAACUUCGUGUAGUUUAGCUUAAUGUUACAUUUGUAACAAUAAAUUUAUUUUUUUGCAGUACCCGAGAAUCAGAUUGUGGCUGGCACGGAGGUGGGUUUUUAACUGCUUUUGUAGCAUUGUUCAUGUAGCUAAGCUAUUUCACGGCAUUUCGCGGAUGUUGAUUCGCUACGUGAAAAAAAGAGAUUCAGUUCGCACCGAUGUUAAACAUCUGUGGACACUUGGCGACACUUAGAUGUUGCUUAAAUGUUGUAGAGUUUGGUAAUCCUUGUAUUUGAAUUUUCUGUAGGUUGUCUAGCUCUCGCUGAACUCGGUCGUAGAGGACUUCUUUUACCCAAUAGGCUCCCUGAAGGUUAGUAGCUUUGAAAUCAACACAAUAAAUCUCCUCAGAAUAUCUGGCACAGAACGGCCUAAGGAAACGCACAAGUCAAAAUUACAUAGAAACUAUCAAAAUUUACGCGGAGUUUCCGGAUUAGACGGGCAAGCAACUUAAACAGUUUGAGCAAUCAUGACCUCUUCACAUUUUUUAAAUUCUCCCGCCUGACAGUUACAAUACUUAACAGGUAUUUUUAUAACAGAGAAAGACUUUCCUGGUUACAUUACUUACACGAAUUUAAGGGAGAAUUCUUUGUGAAUCGCUCUAGCAAUUUAACUUCUCUAGUAUCAUUUUUUUUAAAAUCAAUUUUCGAUGUGUAAUUUUGUUCAAUAACUGGUAUGAUUUAAGUUUGGUUAUUUUUUUCUAUUUUUCAGUUGUUCCUGUUGUGCUGAAAGCCUUGUCUUAUGAUGAAAUGAGAGGAACAUACAGUGUUGGUAAGAUGGGUUCCUGUACGCAACUUGACGGGAUUAUUCUUUCCGAACGCAUGUAUGAUUGUUCGUUCUUCUUUUAUUUUUUUCUACUUCAAAGGGAGCCACGUUAGGGAUGGCGCUUGUUAUGUUUGUUGGUCAUUCGCCAGAGCUUACGAUCCACAAGAGAUCCAACCGCACGUGCACGGCAUAUCCAGGUACGAUUGAAAACAAGUUCAAUAACGAGCGGCUGUUUAACUUCCUCUUGCGAGUUAAGGAUUGAGUGGAGAGUGAUUUAGUCUUUUGAUGGCGAUCCGAAUGCUGGAUAGUUCAGAACUAACACUAACUUGCAGCAGUGUAGUUCUUUACAUUUUACUCUGAUAAAGGGUCAAAAGUCGGGUUUGCCCUCCUAAGAAGGAGCUUUUUAUUUUUUUUUUUUUUUUUUCUUGACAGUUCUCUAAUAACUGCUGCUCUGUUUGACCGAGAAGUGAACUGCAGGCGGGCUGCUUCGGUAAGUUAGGAAAUACCAUUUUUUUAAAGUCUACAUAGUAGAAUUUAGCCCAUGAUUUGGAGAUCAUUCACAUUACUUAUCUGCACUUUAAGUCAUUUCAACGACUGUUAAGCUAUAGAUUUUGAUGUGUUUUUGUUUUCCUCGGUUUUGUGAGUUUGGUUAUUGUUUUUUGUUUGUCUGCUUUUGUCCUAGUUUAAUGAGUAUUUGCCCUAAGGUCCAGUCUCUGAACAUUUAGAAAAUAGUUUAUGCCAUAAAAGUUCUUGAAAACUUGAUUUAAUUUCACCUCAACUUUAUAUUUAAAACACAAAUGGUCUUUUUUUGUUUCCCUAUAGGCUGCAUUUCAAGAAAAUGUGGGAAGACAGGUCAGUUCAAAUGAGGGUAUUUUGAGAACAAAUGUUAGAGUAUAAUAGGGUGUAUUUGUCUUUCAAAGUUUCCUGCGUUACUUGACCAUGUUUUAAAAAAAAACUUUUUAAUUUUUCAAUUUUUUUAUAGCUUUCGUUCUCUCUCAAAACUAUCUCAUUAUAGUGUUAAGGUAGUUUUUGUUCUUUUUUUUUAAUAGAUAACUUUUUUUGACGUUUUAGGGAACUUUUCCUCAUGGCAUCGAUAUUCUUACGAUGGCUGACUAUUUUGCGGUUGGGAACAGAGUGAAUACAUACUUGACUGUAAGGUAAAAUCUUAGACUGGAAUAAUAUCAUUUUGUCCUUUCUUAUAAUUGUUAAUCCUACCAGACUCCUUCUGUAAGUUCAAUUAGAAAUGUUCUUUUGUUUUCAGUGUAUCAGUAGCGGAGUUUAAGGAAUAUACAAAGGCGUUGAUUGACCAUCUCGCUGAUGUCAAGUUACAACACUGGGAUAGGUACGAUACACACCCUGCGGAUGAUCUUUUCGAGCAAUCAUUUCUAGGUCAGAAUUUAUUUUGAGGACAAUUUCGAGGACAGAUGGUCUAGGCACAAAUUUGGACGCCAUUCAGGGUUGUGAUCAUUACAGUACACCUCAAAAUUUUUAUCAAUUGAAGGUUGAAAUCGUUCAGGGAAAAGCUUGGGUAUUAUUUGAGGGUUACAUGGAAUCAUCUUCGAUCACCUCACGGCAGUUACGGGGUUUCCUUUCAGUAGAUCCCUACAACACCUCGAUCGUCAGGAGGUAGGCCACGCACAUCUUCCCGGAAGACAAAAAAAUGUCCUUCACUGGAGCUUGCUACUUACGGGAAUUAUCAGGAAAAUGUUGACAGAAUUGAAGCUUACAUGCAUUAUCUAUUGUAAGUUUAUCCUCGUUUAAGCUUGUCUUUCUUCCUUGUCAGAAACAUUCGAGAACUGGCUUCUCAAGCUUUACACAAUCUAACUCCUUCAGAUCCAGAAUACAUGGCUAAGACUGGUAUGUUGUCGAUUAUCGAGCCGUUUCAAUUAUCGUAUCUAUUUUGAUAGACGUAGAAAUCGUCUAGCAACGAUACCUCGCCCAACGUUAAGAAUGUCGACCGAGAGAGGCCGCCCAAAGGGGAUGUAUAAAAGAAACCAUUCUUUUUUAGGGAAACCUGACGCCAUUAAUCUCAGGUCCAAGCUUUGCUCAACAUAUGCGUUUUUUCGCAUCUUAACACAAUCUUGUCAAAAUACAUUUUUUUCUCGUUUAGUUUUGAUAAUUCCGUGCUAUAUCUAGCCGAUAUCAGCGAUAUAUUCGUAACGUUUUUAGAGAGAAUCAGUUCAAGUGGAAAAAAAAGUUCAGGUAUCGAUGGAGAAGGGGGUACUCUUGCAUAUCAAUUGUAAUGAAACUGUGAGAAAAACAUAAGCUCUGAAAAUUGUUGUGUAUCCCAUUCAAAUUUGUUUUCCCCAAAUCUAUUUAAAUACAACUUAAAUAUGUCCUUUGUUAUGCCUGGCCGACAGAUGAGAAAUCUGGGCGAUUGUCUCUAAUGUCCUUCAGCUCUGUUCAAUCAUCCUUUGAGCUGCAAAUACUGCAUAUAGUAACGUAAAGGUACUUAGUAUUAUUGUAUUGCUUAAAACUCUUCUCUGUUCUUUCCUAGUUUUUCCAAAAGUGCUUUUACAAAUGAACAAUAUCGACCUGAACACGCGCCAUGGCUGCAUCCUGGGUUGCUCUGAAGUUAUACACGCUCUGUUUCUAUACGCUAAGGAAACCGGAAGGUAUUGUUACAGACAUUAAAGGUUUUACUUCGUUAUUUUAUAAUUAUUUUGACAAAUAAAUUAAAAACUGUACAGUUAAAGAUAUUUUAACGAUUCUUAUUUUCAGAUUGCUGACAGACGUGGUUGACAAAGAUUGCUUUGAAAUCGUGAAAGACUUUGUACCUCAGGUAGAGUUUUUAUUUGUCGAUUUAGGUACGACUUUGAAACGGGUAACUUUUCCUCUCAAUUUUAAUACCUCAUCUUCCAAAAAUAUAUUAUAUGAAAAUAGAUAGACUUAUUUGGUAGACAGAGUGAUUUGAUGAAACAUCAACUUCUGUCAUUUAUUUUGCGUCGAAAUUUAUAGCAGCUUGAGAGAAGAGUUACCAACAAAACCAUGGUAAUUGGUUUGAGAUGGUGUUUUCAUGUAUAGUAAUAAUGUUUUGACUUGUUUUGAAUUACUUCUGGCAGAGGCAAUAUGUUGAGAGGCUGAUAAAUUUCAUGCGCAAUAAUUCAGAUAUGACUUUCUGUUUCCUUUUAGCUCAACUCAGCAAAAAGCUUCAGGUGAGAUUUUAAACAACAAAAUUAUUCUUCAGUUGCCGAGCGUGUAAUGAGCUUCAAUUUCACCACGAUGGUAAUGAAUUGUACCGAAGAGCUAUGUUUGAAAGAUACGGUGACAAGAAAUUACGCAUGGCACUUUCUGUUGUCAACUUUAUUUGGUCAUUUUUUGAAAACUGGAGAAUCACCAUCUGAUUUGCAGUAUGAAGUGAAACAAUUGCUGCGAUCUUGCGUCUAGCGCAGCGAGUUUCAUGCGGGAGGAUCUUGAUCAUAACUUGUGUUUUCAUUUAUUUUUCAGAGGUCUAGGAGGGGACUACAUGCGACAGGCAGGUAUGAAGUGCCAUUGUAGUCACUUUUUUGUUCCUGUCAUCUUUAUUAGAGACCUUAAGAUUCUAACAGGAGUUUGACGAAGAGUUCGAGAUUCUCCUGUAUUGAAACAGUGCGCGCGCUCAAACCUGCGUUAAGUUGGCGGGAAAACGCCACAGCCGUGAACAUAUUAUGACGACUUUUUCUUGGAAAAUGCACGAUAUCGACAUAAGCAAUUGUGAAGUUUUUAAAUCAGGAGAGGAUUCAUCCUUGUUGUAUUGCUGCUGUAAUAUGUCUGCACUCAAUUAUUGAUCCUCUCUUUUUACUUCCAGUUUGUCAUUUAAUAAUGAAACUGUCCUUAUCGGAAUUACCUUGGCAUGGAGAUCAGAUAAUUGGUGAGAGCUACUGACAGUAAUCAUAGUUCACUUCCUUAGGUAGGAAAUGAGGCUUUUGGAAAAGUGACAAUGUUUCUCCUGCUCAAUUACUUAAUGGUUCAUUUCUUCUUGCGAUGAUUUGAUAUAUUUGUCUUUAUUUGUCUGGGUGGGUUCGCCAACAUUCGUGUCAUGUCUGAGUAUGCUCACGUUUUUCGUUUCUUUUUCUCUUCCUUUCUUAGGCGUAUUUCAAGACACUAUCGAUGACAACCUCUCCCACACAGAAUCUGUUAUACAGGUGACAUUUACCCCGUGUCAAUCUACGGUGGAUUUUCUGCUGCCUACUAAUAUUAAUUCUGUUCUCCUGAAUAUUUUAGGAAGGAGCUGUUCGAGCCCUCGGUGCUUUAUGCCAGCAGUAUUACGUCAAAGACGACGGUGGAGCUAUUGAUGGAAUACAAGGCAAUGGAGAAAAUUAUGUAGUUUCUUGCAUUUUAUUUCUUCAAGUGAACGAGUUGGUAAUUAUUGACGAAACAAUGGACUAUUAUCUCUUUUGCAGAUAGAAUCAUCACACAUUACGUUGGGCAGUUAAAAAGCCCUUCAGAGUUCUCAAGGUGAGUAAAUGCAUUCAUGGAGCCCGUGUGGUCAUGUGACCUUUCGCUCGUUCUUUCAUUCUUCCGUCUGUACACCUACUCGCUCGCUCAGUCACUCGUUUGUUUCGUUCGUUCGUUCGUUCCUUCUUUCGGUCGGUCUGUCGGUCAGUCGUUCGUUCGUUCCUUGGUUCUUUCGUCGGUUCGUUCGUUGUUUCUUUCGUUCGUCCGUUCCUUCUUUCGUUCGCUGGUUCGUUGGUUCGGUCCUUCUUUCGGUCGGUCGGUCGGUCGGUCGGUCAGUCGUUCGUUCAUUCCUUUGUUCGGUCGUUUCAUUCAUUUUGUGUAUCUGACUCUUGACUUCCUUAUUAAAUAUUGUGGUUGUGAUGAUGGCAUCAAUUCAGGUGAAAAUUUUUUUUUUUUUCUCUUUUCUAUACUUUAUGUCGGAUGUAAUUAUUCCUAUUUCGUGUAAGUGAUACACCCUUCACUUCUUUUUUUUCUAUUAGAGUUGGGUUCGCUCAAGCUUUAGGAUUUUUGCCAAAAUUCAUGUUGUCAUUCCGGUUAAAAGUGGUAAGUACCAUUUCAUUUUCCUCCACUACAAAUCACACGGGAUAAAAAGGGCUUGCCUCAAAGCGUAAUAAAGGAGUCAUAGUUUGCGAUUCGCUGAGGUGUCUGAAUGUGGCACUUUUUCACCGUUUUCAAUGUUUUAUUUUGUAUGUUUUAAGUAUGUUUUGCUUUGAGCUAGUUUCGAAAUCAUCUUGGAUAUUGUUUCUUCAAUUUAGGAAAACCUGGUUUUCGUGAACUGAAUCAGUUUAGUUUACUUUUCACCAUCACGCGCUGACAUUCUAGCUCUCGAUUUCCUGGAUUCGGAGUCUUGAGACCACGGUUUUUCAUUAGAAAUAUCAAAUCUCAAAUUUAUCGCUGUGCUUCUGUUCUAGGCAUUUACAGGUUUAAUUACAGCUUCACAGGUAGCGGAUGAUCCAGGAAAAUUUGCUGAAUCAAGAAGAGAGGCGCUUAAUUCUCUUGCAAGGUAUCUCAAGAGACACAAUUUGUUUUCAUUGUAAUGUGUCACUGCUUUAAGAGCGCCGUCAACCGUGGUCGUUGUCAUUGUUCUAAAACUGGAAUUGAAACGAUUAGUCCUACGACAUUGAAAGUCAGAAAGUUGUAUGAUAACGUUCACUAUUCUCGUGGUUGCAGAAUCGCUUGCACCGUUGGAUUAAGUAGGACAGGAGACGAAGAAGAAAUUGUCACAGAAAGCAGUCUUCAUGAACUUUAUGAGGCUUUUUUCGUUGCUAUGAAUGACUACACGAUUGACAGCAGAGGAGACGUCGGAGCUUGGUACGAUAACUUCCUUGUUGUGGGAAAAGUAACCCCAAACACAUUUCUCUGUUUUACAGACGUCAUUUUAUAAUGUGUUUAGGUGGUGAUGGUUCCCUAUAAAUUAUGUAACUUGUCAUUUCAAUUUAAUCGAUUGGCCAGCAGAUCGUUCUAUCGAGGUUGAAUAAAAGUCUUGAAUGUGACCCGAAACAUCGGGUUUGGCAGUAUUUUGUAAAUUAAAAGAGCUGUUAGGUGGGAAACUAUAUUGUAACUGUAUGCUUUAAUUCUGGUACAAGAAGCCAGGAAAAUGUAAAUUUUUGAUCGCAUUUUGACAAUUACAUUUUCUCUUAUUGCAGGGUGCGUGAAGCCAGCAUGAGCGGGUUGGAAACCCUGACCCGAUAUGUUGCAGAAAACGAUCCUUCUCUUUUUACACCAGAGAUGUAAGUACGAAGUUGGUUCUUGAAAAAAGAAAACCUUUUUGUUCCUCUUCUAAUGUGUUUUCUCUAAUUUUUGUGGUUUUACAUCGGUCGAUUGAAAACCAUCUCUUCAGGAAACACUGUCGUUAGGUGCUUGAUCAUAUGACUCACGAGCAAUCUUAGAGGGGGUCUUAUUCAAAGCAUUGUCUCCUUCCCUAAGACCCAGUACUCCCAAGUAUAAGAGAAGGACGUUAAAAAUCCUAUUUACAGGCAUAUAUUUAAUUUUUUUUAAUGAAACUUGCUGCUCCUUUUCAUAGCUGUGAGCGGGUGAUGUGCUGUCUUGCGCAGCAGUCUUCUGAGAAAAUAGAUCGCACGAGAGCUCAUGCCGGAGAGAUUUUCCUUAGACUUCUGUAUAUGGACAGGUGAGUCACGUGUUUAGAUCAUUUACAACUCGGGGAGAACAAAUUCAAUUUUUAUAUCGCAAUUUGAUAUUAUUUUUCGAAGCUUAGUUUGCUAGUAAAAAUAUUGUAACAGAUUUUCAUGUCCAUGAAUUUUUUAUUUAAAGGACAGUGGUUUGAUAUACUAUAUUUAUAUACUUAUUCUUUUAUUUACUCUUUUCAGUCCUACUUUGCCACAUAUACCGCACCACAAAGAACUUCUCGACAUUUUUCCGAAGUAAGAGCCAAGGUUUGAAUAUAGUUAGCCCACAGUGGGAACUCAACCUCUCGUCGUUGUGGUUGCCUCCUUGGAGUCCUAAGUCAAUGGGCCGGUUAUUCAAAUAAAGUGAAGCCGUUGUUUAUCAAAACCAAUUGUACGCUGUCUUGAAUGUGGCUGAAUCUGUAGUCUGAGCGCUCCUUUUUGUGAACUGUAUCAAGAAUUCCGAAAGCUAGCAGUGAAAGGGCAUUUAUUUAAUGAAAACAACCCUCCUAUGCAGAAUAAGUAAGGCCCAGUGCUUGCGUGAAACCGCGGUUUGGGUCAGACCACGUGUAGACAACUGGCCCAAUGAGUCUAAUAUCUUGCAACUGAACAUCGAUUGACACGUUUUUUCAUUUUUCUCGAAGUCUUUUCGUUUUUUCUUAGGGAUAAAUGCUUGGAAAUGAAUUGGAGCGCCUCUGCUGAAUGUUUUCCUCGAAUAACGAAGCUCCUCGGUUUGGCGUCGUACAGAAGGACUGUUCUUCUUGGCUUGACUGUCAGUGUUGGAGGACUAACCGAAUCACUGGUAAUUGUCAUGUUCGUUUGUUAAAUAUUUGAGACACUUUUCACAUCAUCAGCACUCUCCGCAUGCAAGAGUUACUGAUCUUUUAAGAGAGCCUUAACCCUUCACAUCCUAACAUCAGUUUGUAUAUUCUCCAUACUGUUCUCUAUAAAUUUCCUAAGGCACUGACAAGGAGACUUUGUUUAAAAAUCAUGAGCUCCUGUACGUGAUGAUCAUUUCCUUUAUUCCCGUGGCCUGGAUAUGUGAAUCAGAGGUGAUGUUGUGAGGAGAAUUUAGAUUCUUGUCACUCCGAGGGGUUAAAGGGUUGAUGGUUGUUAUUAAGUUGUGAACUGGUCCUGACUUAAGACUUCUUUUCUCUUCUUCUUUUUCAGGUGCGACAUUCUCAGUCAUCGUUGCUAAGAUUCUUGAAAGUCAUAAGCAAGAGGUAGUAAGCACGUUUUUCCCAAAUAUUCAUAAAAUAAAAAGGAAUAAAUAAAAAGUUUAACAGCUCUGGCACUUUCUCGAGCUGGCUAUUCGUCCACUGUUUCCCGGAUCAAAGUUAAAAUUUGGAGUAUUUCUUAAGUAGAAAAAAGAACUCCGGAACAACUCGAGAAAAAUCUUCGGAGCAAGGACGAGUACAGCAACAAAAAACUGAUUGUGUUUCCCCUUUGAUCAUAUCUAAACCCAGUAUAGUCACUAUGUACAAUUCUUGUUAUUACAGUGAGCUUGAGAUGAACGAGAUUGCGGAAACCCUUUUAGAUAUUUUUCGGAAGAAUGAAAAAAAUGACAGGCAAGUGGCUUUUGUUUUUGCUUUCAAAAUAAUUUAUUUAUUUGUUUAUUUAUUUAUUUAUUUAUGCAACCUGUAAACACGCUCUGCUCCAUCUUAAUCAAAAAUAUAUUCUUGUGCAAUUCCCAUUUUUAUAGUUUGGUGUUGUUGUUGUUGUUGUUGUUGUUGUUGUUGUCAUUUUAAUUGAUUCCCACUGUUUUUUGUAUUUAUUUUGUAGUGGUCUCUUUCCUUCCACUCGCCCCAGUCCUUAGUCUACUUCCCAUCAUUCUCGAGCUUAAUCUCCCCCCCCCUUUUCUUCUUGUUUUGUUUUUUUGCCUUUCUUCUGCUUUCUUGUUUUUGUCGUUAUGCUCCCGACGUCGAUUAAUUUCCUAUCAAUCUGAAAUUUUUGUGAACAUAGAAUAAUAGUUCCCUUAUUCAAGAUGCUUGAUAUGCUGUUAGCCAAUGGCUGCUUCGAGCUGUUCACCCAGGAUGAAAGGUACAACCAAAAGAUGGAAGUUUGUAAUAUGCCAUCCGUGUUAAUUCUUACCAUCUUUAAUCUACUCGUUUCUUUGUUUCCUUUGUUCUCGACUAUCAUUUUGCAUUCUCUGGCAAAUAAUCACUCUAAAGGCUCUCCUUGGGAAUGACAACACUGAUUUAAAAUAUCGUGACACAGCUUCGCAAUUUUCCUCCAACGAUGUCAAUGUUAUGUUUUGUGGGAAUGUCAAUCUCAUCUUUAGAAAACUGAAAGUUGAAUGAUCUUCAUAUGAAAAGAUUAAGCUUUUAAUCACUUACUUUAAAAAUGAUUAGACAUUUUGAGUCGUUUUCGCUAUUUGAUAUCCUUUUCAUUUUUUUUCAUUGCAGCCAUCCAUUCUCCGUAGCUGUUUUGGACCUCACAAAAAAGGAAAUCUUCAAGAUUGGCGACGCUAGAAAGCUAAUCACGAGUGUCAGCGUGUAAGAAUUAAAACUCUUUAAAAGUUGCCGCUAGUUCAACUGUUCACGGAUUUUAAGCAACAUUAUGUGUUGUGCCUUCCUUAAAUUUGUGACUUUGUACAAUAUCGUAAAUGCUCAUGUCACUAAACCGUCAUAAAUUUGGCGAGGAUGUUAUCGAAGCUGUGUCAAGGGACACUGUGGUAAGCUCACUCCUCAACUUAACGCCGGCCGCAUGAAAUCUCAUUUUAAGACUGACUCAGACAAAAACUGUUGCUACACAUUGCCGUAAAUGGCGAGAAUCUUUUACGGAUAGUUUUUACCGCUUUCGAGGACGUCUGCUCUCCUAUAUUUGAUUUUUAUUAACCAAAUGCCCCUCAUUUUCACGCAAGCAGUAUGUAAAAACAAAAUCUAUAGAUAGCAAGCUUUUUCUCGAUUUAUUAUGUUGGGACAAAGCUUAGCUAAUUACAUGUUUCCUCUUUUUUAACAAGGUUUUGCGGCCUAUUACAGUUUCCAGGGGCGACAAGAAUGAAAGCUUUCCAACAGCUUUCCAUAUUUCUUUGUCACAGAUACCCUCAGGUAAGAAUUUUCAUGAUUAAACUGCAUACAAGAACGGUGAAUAUCCAAUGCACUCAAUUGUACAGUAUAGGGCGAAAGUCUCUCGAUGAUUAAGGUGUUACGGCGUAGCUGCAUUGUUGUCGGCCCCACCCUUAAUACGCCGGUACAAUACUUCAUUUAUGUUCAACGUAUCCCUUCUUUUGCAAGGUUCGUAAAACUACCGCUGACCACCUGUACUCAGCAGUGUUGACCUAUGAUGACAUCAUACCGGCGGAAAAUUUAGAUGAAGUGUUAACGAUACUGACCGAAACUUCAUGGUGAGAGAUGCGAAUUUUAUGUUAGUUUUACUCGCGCUCUGACAUGAUCUGAAAAUAGAUAGGUUAGUUUUGGUAAACUUGUUCAGCUGUUUGGCCUCAUACAGUUAAUUACGACUUUUACUUGACAUGCUUGUUUUCUCAGGGAUGCGAAGAUUGAAGAACUUCGUGUCAUAAGAAACAGACUUUGCGACAUUAUAGGCAUCCCUCAUCCGGUUUUAAAGGUAAUGAACCUGGUCAGUUUCUUUACGUUGUAUUUAUUGCCAUAACAGGAGAUUAUUAAACGUAAAAAGUUUAACUGAGACGUAUUUCCAAGCGGACGGUACAGCAACUUGGUUCCACUUAUUUCUUUUUCUGACCUUCCUUUUACCAUCCCUUCGUGACACUCCUUUUCAAUCCCCUAUGAUUUUAUUAUUUUCAGUUAUUCUUUACCCAUCUUUCCACUCAUAUUUUCUUUUCAUUUAAUCUCAGUCUUCUACGGCACCAACCGCCGUCAAGAAAAAGAAAGACGAAUUAGACAGCUACAAAGGUAAGAACGUUAUUUUCGUUUUCAUGAUUUUCCAGUUCUCUCGUCGGUUCUUGUUAUUUUUAUUAUUUUUUAAGGAUUUGGAACAGAUAUACCUGAUUUCUCUCUAUUUUCAACAGACUUGGUCAGUCGUGGGUAUUAGAACUUUUCUGUAAAUAACACCCCAUGGAAUUCACGAGGUGGCUGCAUGUGAGUGGAAACGAUGCACAGUCCACCGUUUUGAUCUGUUGUGAGGAGGCCGAUUUUCAUCGGUAAACAGACUUAAAAACAGGUGGCAUACGAAAUCUUGGUGGUCUCUAAUUACGGCGCUUGUACGUUUGCAAAAUGUUCCCACUAAAAGUAUUGAAGAUGGGCAAGUCACUGCGCUUGUGUACAGGUCUUUUCGUAAACUGGGAAGCUUUACAGAUCAGUUAUUUCCGGAGUGAAGCCAAGAAUUAUCUUUACCAGUUUGCCAAGGAGUACUAAUAAUCAUGUCAACACGAGCUGCUUUAAUUUAGGCAUAUCGUUCUCAUGGGAACAUCAUUU